AUGAAAUAUAUAGGCCCAGGCCCAGGCCCAAUCCCAGUUCUUCUCUGCCUCCCUCCACAAGACUAAAAAGAUGAUGCCCAACCCACCCAGCUGGAACCAACCAAUUUACAAAUGUGCCACUCUCACUCUCACUCUCACUCGCUGUUUAAUCUGUAAUCGACGUCUCCCCGUUCCAGACAUUGAUCAGCUUCCCAAUCGCCAGCCGAAACUAUAACUGAUAUUGCUCUCUCUGCUUCUUUCUUCGGAAUUCUUCAUGGCUAAGCAGCAGGCGAAUUGGUCUCCUUACGACAAUAAUGGAGGGACGUGCGUCGCCAUUGCUGGAGCUGAUUACUGUGUGAUUGCGGCCGAUACUCGGAUGUCCACUGGCUACAAUAUUCUCACUCGCGAUUACUCCAAAAUUACUCAGCUAACUGGUAAAGCUCUGAUGGCCUCUUCAGGAUUUCAGGCUGACAUGAGAGCUCUGCAAAAGGUCUUGGCAGCAAGACACUUGAUAUAUCAGCACCAACAUAACAAACAAAUGAGCUGUCCUGCAAUGGCUCAAUUGCUAUCUAACACCUUGUACUACAAACGCUUCUUCCCGUAUUAUGCUUUCAAUGUAUUGGGUGGCCUUGACAAUGACGGUAAGGGCUGUGUCUUCACAUAUGAUGCUGUGGGAUCUUAUGAAAGGGUCGGUUAUAGCUCCCAAGGUUCAGGUUCUACGCUCAUUACACCCUUCUUGGACAACCAACUGAAGUCUCCGAGUCCUCUCUUAUUACCUGCAAAGGAUGCAGUGACUCCACUUUCAGAGUCGGAAGCAAUUGACUUGGUGAAAACUUGCUUUGCAUCGGCUACAGAAAGAGACAUAUACACUGGAGACAAGCUGGAGAUAGUUGUACUGGAUGCUGGUGGUAUACGGCGUGAGUAUAUUGAACUCAGGAAAGACUAGACCCCCAUGAAUUUCAUGUUUUCUUGAAGCAGGAGAUCAGUUAGACAAGGUAUUGUUCAAGAUGCCCACUGUGAGAUUCUUCACCUUCUCAGAGGACUCUUGGGAUGUGGCUGUUCAGCUAUUUACAUCAGGUGACAUUUUACUUGUGUUUGAAUCUAAAGUCUUAUCUUAGUUUCUGCUCUAAAUUUAUUACUACUUCACUCUAGGUUUAUAUCAUGUCCCUUAAGACAUUUCAGAGAUUUAAUGAACAGAAGGUUCUCUCAUAUAACGUAAAAACAGAAAGAUGUUUUGAUUUUCUUUGCC